CCAUAUCAUCACACAGCUCAAAACACUUCCAACAAACACUAAACAUUCUUCUGACUUUCAUUCCAAUCCAGUUUUACCAAUCUUAAUUUCCUAGUCCAACAUGGGUGUUGUCACUUACGAAUCAGAGAAUGUCCUCGCAAUCCCACCAGCUAAGCUCUUCCAAGCUUACGUCCUUGAUGGUGUCAACUUGUUCCCCAAGGUAAUCCCUCAAAUUAAGAACAUCGAAAUCCUCGAAGGUGAUGGCGGAGCGGGAACUAUCAAGAAGAUCAUUUUUGGAGCUGGUGAUCAGGCCACAUAUGUGAAGCACAAGAUUGAAUCAGUAGACAAAGAGACUUUCUCAUACCACUACAGCAUAAUCGAAGGUGAAAUUCUGAGGGGUGCUCUCGACAAAAUCAGUUCGGAGAACAAGAUUGAGGCAUCUUCUGAUGGAGGGUCUGUCUGGAAGACCAUCACCACAUACCACACAAAGGGUGACAUUGUGAUUCCAGAGGAAAAAAUCAAUGAAGCCAAGGGAACGGCCACUGCCAUGUUCAAGGCAGUCGAAACCUAUCUCUUGGCCAAUCCCGAUGCCUAUUAGUUCCCCCCAUCCAAUCUUUGGUCAAUUAAAUAAAGAUGGGGACUUCAUUUCAUGAAUGGCAAUAAAAUUUCCUAUGGAAAAUGGAAUUCAAGUUGUGUUGUUGUUCCUCUUCUUUGCUGUUUGAGGUGAUUUCAUACAGGAAUGCAUUUUGUAUGCAUUUCAGUUUGUAAUGUAUUAUUACAAUAUAAUGAGCACUGGUUUUUAAUAUCUUCA